AUGGCUGACAAAGUGAAGUUUUUUACUUUGAAAAGGUUUCAGAGUAAGAGAGACAAUCUAUCUCGGUCUCAUGUGACACCUUCGUCACUAGCUGUAACGAGGACAGUAAAUUCUAUUUCAGAAUCAAAGCCUAGAAACUCGAACAUUUCCAAUAGGUUUUCUGCAAGCGGCAUCAAAGAACUAGUACAAUGUGCUCUGUGUCUUGAAGUACUACACAACCCAAAGAUGUUACCGUGUCAACACACUUUCUGUAUGGCGUGUCUGUCUGUCUACAUUGCCGAUCAAAUAAUAUUCGACUGUCCUAUAUGCAGGACAAGAAUUCAAGUUCAGGGUGAAAACUUUUUAGAGAAUUUGCCUUCGAAUUUAUACAUAGAUUCAUUGCUGCAAUUAGUGGGUAUCAACGGUACAAACACUCUUACUAGACCUAAAAGUACAGAUUCACCGCCAGGGACGCCGUCUUCCACAUCCCCGAGUAACCCACCACAAAGUGUAGAUUUAUUCGCAGUGGGUUCUAGGUGUGCGCACUGUAAAACUAUAUGUAACAAUGAAGACAUCACCUCUUGUAUACAUUGUAAACUGAAAUUCUGUCGCGUGUGUUGGGCACAACAUUUGGAUGAUAUGCGGAUACAGCUGAAGUCAAUUGUGAAGCAACUGGAAACCGCCGACAGAAAUCUCGAACACAAAAUUGAACAUUAUAAGGAUCGUUGCGAACGAAUAAUAGAAAGAAUAAAUAUUGCCGCAGAAGAGAAAAUAGCAGUUAUACUCGAAGGUAAAGACAGCAUGCUCAACGAGACAGACUAUUUAAAAAAAUCGGCAGAUUUAUCCGCCUUAGCACUGAAGACUUCGUUAGAUGAAGCGAGGGCAGUAGCAAUCAGGGCAAUGGAUAUCAAUGACAUCAAUGACGAUAAUGAAAAGGUGACUACUUUUAUAAAUCUCCAUCAAAAUGCCGUACAGCUUCUAACAGAUGUAUCAAAAUGGGACACCGAACGAUUCAUAUUUGACCAAGAGAAUUUCCGUUUAGAGAUGGACUCCGCAACACCAGUGGAUGCCGAAUCAGAUGACCCGGUGUUAGAAUCGCCUAAACAAAAUAACCCUCUUGAAAGUGAGGAAAACUUAGUUAUGCAUUAUAGGUCUCGUCACUUCCAACCCCACUUUGUAUGGCGUAAAACAACACGUCCCAGUGGUGUGGGCGUCAGCCCAUGGAGUAACCACCUGUACGUGUGUGGCAUGGACAGUCAUAGUGUGCUGGUCAUGGAACGCACACAAGGCAAGACAGUGACCAGGCUAUCCUGUGAUGAGAUGAUGUGUCCCGUACAUAUCGCUUUCAUGAAGAGUUUGGGAGAAAUUUAUGUGACAGACAAAUGGAAGCACUGCAUUCACGUAUUCUCUAAAGAUGGCGAGUAUUUACGAUCUAUCGGUCAGAAAGGCAGCCGAGUGGGUACAUUCAGGUCACCAGAAGGUAUAGCCACUGACAACGCGAGCCAAUACAUCUAUGUUGUUGAUACCGGCAACGACAGAGUACAGAUUAUUCAACCCGAUGGUAAAUUCAUCGAUCAGAUAGGCGUGGCGACUAAACCCCAGUCUUCUCAAGCUACAACGCUUUGGACGACCAAGGAUAUCUUUUGCACGGAGCUGAACGCGCCCACGAGCGUUGCGGUCACGAACGACCGUGUAAUUGUGUUGGACAGCGGCAAUCGAAGGGUCAAAGUGUAUAAUAAGCAAGACAAGAACAAAAUAGUCGAAUUUGGAUCUACAGGACAAAGGAAAGGGCAGUUUAGGCAGCCAGAAGUUCUAGCAGUUGAUCCAAUGGGAUAUAUUCUCGUCGGAGAUUCAGGCAACUGCCGCGUACAGGUAUUCAAACCAACAGGACAGCUUGUAAGGGUUUUUGGAGGCUAUGGGACCCAACCUGGACAGUUCGGUUGGAUAUCGGGCAUCCACGUCACAAAACAACUAGAUAUUAUCAUAAGCGAUACUAAAAACCACAACGUAAACUUUUUUUAA